AUGUCUAAAGCUACUAAACGUAAGCAUGUUCAAAAAGAAAUGCUCAAUUCUAAUUGGGCAGGUCCUACUGGUGAUCAACGUUUAGUAAGGAUAAUUGCUGGACGUGGAAAUAAUCUUCAUGAAGUUUGUUCAAUAGAUGACAAUGAAAUAUUUUUAGUUUCAAUGCCAGCUAAAUUUAGACGAAAUGUUUGGGUUAAACGUGAUGAUUAUGUUGUAAUAGAACCAAUUUCUGAGGGUGAUAAAGUACGAGGAGAAAUAGUACGAGUAUUAACUAAAGAAGAUGUUAAAAUAUUUAAACAAAAAGGAUGGGGGAAGAAAAAUGAUGAUGAUGAAAUAACUCCCAAUACUAACCGACCUAUUGUAACUACCAUUAGCGACUUGAGUAGUACUGACACUGACACUGAUCAUGAUGAUCCAUCUGAAGACACAGAUUAUUCAUCAUAA